UGAUUGGCUCCCCGAGCUGCCAGUCACUGCGCGCCCCGCCCUCUGUUGUUGUGUGUAUAGACUUCGGGUCUGAUGUCCUGAUAGCGCAGUAUCUGUCGCGCCGUGUAGCUGGACGUCACCCUGAGAAACCGCAGACCGCUGGGAGCAGGUUCACCAUGAUUUCCGUGACUUUGCUGCUGGGCUUUGUGGCUCUGUCCGCAGCGAUGCCCAUCGAGGACCCAGAAGACGGCGUUAAACACUGGGUGGUCCUGGUGGCCGGCUCCAAUGGCUGGUACAACUACAGGCAUCAGGCUGAUUUGUGCCACGCUUACCAAAUAGUGAAGAAGAACGGUGUCCCUGAUGAGCAGAUCGUGGUGAUGAUGUACGAUGACAUUGCCAACAACGAGGAAAACCCAACCAAAGGCAUCGUUAUCAACAGACCCAAUGGGACAGAUGUGUAUGCUGGGGUGCUCAAGGACUACACAGGGGAGGACGUUACACCUGAAAACUUUCUCUCUGUCUUGAAAGGCGACUCCAAGGCCGUGAAGGGGAAAGGAUCUGGGAAAGUCAUUAAAAGCGGACCCAAUGACCACGUGUUUGUCUACUUCACUGACCACGGAGCGCCGGGACUGCUGGCUUUCCCCAAUGACGAUCUGCACGUCAAGGAUCUCAAUGAAACCAUUCAGUACAUGUAUGAAAACAAGAAGUACAAAAAGAUGGUUCUGUAUAUUGAGGCCUGUGAGUCCGGAUCCAUGAUGAACCAUCUCCCCAAUAACAUUAAUGUCUACGCGACCACCGCGGCCAAUCCUCACGAGUCGUCCUACGCCUGCUACUAUGACGAAUUGAGAGACACUUACCUGGGAGAUCUGUACAGUGUCAGCUGGAUGGAGGACUCCGAUAUGGAGGAUUUGUCAAAAGAGAAGUUACACCAGCAGUUUGUCCUAGUGAAGCAGCACACAAACUCCAGUCAUGUGAUGCAGUACGGGAAUCGGACCAUCUCCCAUAUGAAAGUGAAGCAGUUUCAAGGCAACGGUAAGACGGUGGCCCCUCGUCUCAGCUUACCGCCAGUGAAGCAGAUGGAUUUGACCCCAAGCCCAGACGUUCCUAUGGCCAUCCUGAAAAGAAAAUUUAUGGCCACCAAUGACCUCACAGAGGCCCGUAAUAUAAUGGCGAGAAUCAAGUCACUCCAGGAGGCAAAGUCUUUGAUAAAAGAAACGGUGAAAAAGAUAGUCUUCCUGGUGGCGGGUGCGGACGAGAUGGCGGAUGAAAUACUCAGCGACCAGGUCAUCAUCAACGACAUGUCCUGUUACCGCUCGGCAGCUGAGCACUUCAAGACGCGGUGCUUCAACUGGCACAUCCCACUGUAUGAAUACGCCAUGAGGCAGCUGUACACUCUGGUGAAUCUAUGCGAGUCCGGUUACCCCCUGGAAAGAAUCCAGCAGGCUAUGGAUAGCGUGUGCGACCAUCUACACUGAUGCAGCAGGUAACACAGGCAGCACCUGUAGAGAAACCAGGGAGACCGCGAUGAUCAGCCCCCUCUGGGUUUGCUCUCCUGCAGCUGCUACUCCGCACGAACAGCUCUGCUGUAUCAGACCUAUAACCUCCUACAAGGCCGGUCACCCUAUAACCCUGGACUAUCAAGUCAGUAAUAUGUGUAUAUGAUGAACCGAAUCAUGCAGCAAAAUUAGUUUCCUGCAACACCGCCGACGAACUCUGAGUGGCCGGGGGCAGAGGUGACCCCAGUAUCGUGACACAACGCCACCUGGUGGCCUUCAGAAGUGACAGUGACACUGCUCUAUGAUGCUCGACCACUGAUCAAUGCUGUAAAAAAAUCUGAUUGCUUCUUUAGAUUCCUCCAGUUCUUACAUCCAGAACUGUCACCCGCUGACAUGUAAGAUUUUAGCUUUAUUUUUUAGAUGUAGAUUGUUUUUAAAAAGCUGCUCAGUCGUGAUCAUCGCCUUAAAGUGAACUAAAAACUUGAAUUUUAAACAUUGCUUUACCAUCUCUCUCCACUUAGGAUUUCAGAUCUGGCGUUAAAUCUGUUCUGCUCCCGUUACAUCCAGAGCUGCAUUCAUAAUUCUGUUGAUUUUGAUGUUGAUGUUGGCUUGCAUUUUUUUUUUUUUUGUUAUACUAUAGUUUUUGAUAUAGCUCCCAGGUUAUUAUACUCCAGAGCUGCAUUCAUAUUUCUGAUGCAGGUCAUCCCAUUUUAUUGGUGAAUUAAUAUUUUCUUGGCUGUGGGAGAGAGUGAAUUUUUAUAUUUUUUUGAUUUGUUUUUACAUCAGACUGAUUUUGUAUGCAAGUCACCUCAUUUCAUCAUAGGAGCUGUACUCAGCCGAGUGCAGAACUGUGGCAGCCAGCAGGUUUGUGAAUGCAGCUCUGGAGGUGACUAGAGUAUGACAGAUCAGAGAAGCAGAGCAUUUGCUACAUUGGUCGAUAUUCAUUGUACAUUUGUGUGUGAUGACUGCUGGUUUUUGGAAAAAGAGAGCCGCAACCUGGUUGACGUGAGGGAACUACUCAACUUCCCCCCCCCCCCCCCGUUCUAUUUUAUGGCUGUACAAGUCCUAUAACUUUUUGGGGACAAACUCCAGUGGAUUUGAGAUUUUAUGGUAACGCCCCGCCUCCUACACUUAACCCAGAGACGCUAACCCUGGAUGGACAUCUACUAAAUAAUACCGCACUAUAAUGCAGCAACAGAUUAUGUGAAUAUAAUAAAUAUGAAUGUAAAAAAAGUAUUGAUAUAACCCAAAAUCUCUGUGUUUGAUGCACUCAACCAAAUAUUUAGCACUUUUGAUUAAAAAUUUGACUCCCAAAA